AUCAACCAUGCUGCUAUGGCCGGUCAGGUCGUCGUCAUGGAGAAGACCGACAAACGAGAUUAUCUCAUUGAGCUCGAAAAAUCUGCUCAAGAAACAUGGCAGUCCUCCGGCAUAUUCAACUCUGAUCCCCCUCCUCUUCCUGAAGGCGUCAAGUCAUACGUAGACUUCUUCACAUCCGGUCAGUCCAUGGACCAGGUCCGUGCCAAAUAUCCAAAAUGGUUCGGAACAUUUGCAUACCCAUAUAUGAACGGCACUCUACAUCUAGGGCACGCUUUCACAAUAAGUAAGAUGGAGUUUGCCGCUGGUUUCGAACGUAUGCGAGGGAAGAACGUACUCUUUCCUCUUGGUUACCACGCUACUGGCAUGCCCAUAAGAGCCUCGGCGGAUAAGCUCAUAAGGGAGAUGGAGAUGUUUGGAGAAGACUUCUCUGGCUAUUCAGAGGAUGACCCAGAUGCUGCCAUCGCCCAGCCGAAACUCCCCACUCCCGCCCCUGCCAGAGCCCUGGAAUCCAUCGAUCCAUCAAAGGCCAAGAAGGGCAAAUUGAAUGCCAAAUCCACCGGCCUCACUUAUCAAUUCCAAAUCCUGGACCUCGUCGGAGUUCCUAGAGAUGAGAUCAAAAAGUUUGCAGACCCGGUGUACUGGUUGCAUUACUUUCCACCCAUCGCCAAGUCCGAUCUGAUCGAGCUGGGGGCAAGGAUAGACUGGCGAAGACAAUUUUUAACGACCGACCUCAAUCCAUACUACGACAGCUUUAUCCGAUGGCAAAUGAAUCGUCUUCACGAUAUGAACAAGAUCAAAUUCGGCGAACGCUAUACGGUUUAUUCACCCAAGGAUGGUCAACCAUGCAUGGAUCACGACCGAGCCAGCGGUGAAGCCGUCAACCCCCAGGAGUAUACUGCAGUCAAGAUGGAAAUGCUUGAGUGGGGGCCCGAUGUCUCCAGUGAUGUCAAACAAGCUGCCGGAGGCAAGUCGGUCUACUUGGUUGCCGCCACUCUGCGACCUGAAACCAUGUAUGGUCAGACAAACUGCUUCGUAGGCACUGGACUCAAGUAUGGACUGUAUGAGGCGUCGGAAUCUGAACUAUUCCUCGUCACUGAGCGGGCUGCCCGCAAUAUGGCCUUCCAGGGAACAUUUGACCGACCGAAGGGGGUUUUCAACAAGGUCGUCGAUGUUACAGGGGCCGAGCUGGUGGGGACGAAGGUUGCACCUCCGUUCGGGAUCGUGAAGGAGGUGUAUGUUCUGCCGAUGGAAGGUGUUCUGGCAACCAAGGGUACCGGCGUUGUCACUUCUGUACCGUCCGACUCGCCUGAUGACUACCGCACUUUGAUGGAUCUGCGAAAGAAGCCUGAAAUGUACAAGAUCAAGCCUGAAUGGGCGGCGGUGGAUCCUAUUCCUGUACUGUCGACUCCCAAGUACGGUGAUAUGGCAGCCGAAGUCCUCUGCAAGGAACUGAAAAUUCAAUCACAAAGAGAUAUCAAACAGCUCGCUGAGGCCAAAGACCUUGCUUACAAGGAGGGCUUCUACAGUGGCACCAUGCUCGUGGGCGAUUUCAAGGGUCUACCCGUGGUCGAUGCCAAACCCAAAGUCCGACAGCAAAUGAUAGAGCAAGGUCUUGCUGUGGCGUACGCGGAGCCGGAGAGUGAGGUCAUAUCACGCAGUAAUGAUGUCUGUGUGGUGGCCUUGGUAGAUCAGUGGUAUAUGGACUAUGGGGAGCCAAGCUGGAAGGCUCAGGCAGAAAAAUUGCUCUCCCGUAUGGAGACCUAUAUUCCUGAAACGCGUAACGCUUUCGAGGCGGUUUUGAACUGGUUGGUGCAAUGGGCGUGCGCCAGGUCGUACGGUCUUGGCUCCAAGUUACCGUGGGAUCCUUCAGUCCUCGUCGAAUCGUUAUCAGAUUCGACAAUCUACAUGGCCUACUACACCGUAGCGAAUUUACUACACAAAGACAUGUUCGGCAAGGAGCCUGGAUUGCUGGGUAUCACACCUGAACAGAUGACCGAUGAAGUUUGGGACUACGUCCUUGGACAGACGGACUUGCCCGCUUCUGAUAUCCCUGCGGAGAAACUUGCUCAACUCAAAUACCACUUCAACUACUACUACCCUCUUGACAUCCGCUCUUCCGGCAAAGAUCUAAUCCCUAAUCACUUGACAUUCUUCAUCUACAAUCAUGUAGCUCUUUUCCCCGAGAAUCUGUGGCCCAAGGCUGUGCGGACAAACGGACACCUGAUGCUGAACGGGAAAAAGAUGAGCAAGAGUACGGGCAAUUUCUUGACCAUGCACGAGGCUACCAAAAAAUAUGGCGCGGACGCCAUGCGUCUGACAUUAGCCGAUGCAGGUGAUGACAUCACCGAUGCCAACUUCGAGGAGACUGUCGCCAAUGCUGCCAUCCUGCGUCUACAUACGGCAUGCUUGUGGGCCGAGGACAUGAAGAAGUCGGAAGGGACUCUGCGUGCUGGUCCAUACAACGACUUUGACAAGACUUUCCGAACUGAAAUGGACUCACAUAUCGAGACUUGCUACGCCGCCUACGAUCGUAUGGAGUUCAAAAAUGCCCUCAAGAGCGGACUGUACGACUUUGAAAACUCUCGCAACUGGUACCGCCUGGCUUCUGAUCCCGAUAAUGGUGGUCCGGGCAUGCAUCGUGACCUCGUACUCGAUUACGUCCGGAUCAAUGCCCUUCUCAUCGCCCCCUUUACCCCCCACUUCUCGGAAUACGUUUGGCGUAAGAUCCUCGGUGAGACCACCACUGUCCAGCUUGCCAAGUUCCCCCAGCCUUCGGCACCUGUCGAUCCGACAACACUGCAGAAAGCAGAGUAUCAGAGGGGGAUCGUGGACAACAUGCGGUCUGCGGAAGCAGCCAUGGCGAAGAAGAAAGGCAAGGGUAAAACGGCUGGUGUGACCUUUGACCCAAGUAAACCGAAAUGUGCGAGAGUAUACGUGGCCACGGAGUUUCCAGAGUGGCAGAACCGGUGUGUAGAGCUGGUGAAAAGAUGCUGGAAUGAAGCGGACAACACGGUGGAUGAGGCUAAGAUGAGAAGCGAGUUGGAAAAGGAGGGCCUGAUAAAGGACAAGAAAGCCAUGCCUUUCUGUCAAAAUUUCAAGAAAAAAGUACUCGCUACGGGCAAAGCAGCCUUCGGACGAUCUCUGGCCUUCUCCGAACUGGACGCAUUGUCAGCUCUGGUGCCUUACCUCAAACGGUCACUCAGGCUGGAGGAGUGUUACGUGGUCUCACAGAAAGAAGCAGAGGCUGUGCUGGCAGAAGGGGAGAAGGAAGGGUGGAGUAAAGAGCGAUGUGAGGUCAGUGAACCUGGUAGUCCAUCCGUCCAAUUCUGGAAUAUCUAGUGUCGAUGCAGCCGGUGGAGAGUAGAGUGUGCAU